AUGCCCACAGACUCCCACUCCAUCGAUAUAAAACCGCUUUCGAUACAGGAAGACAUAUACCCGAGUUGUAUCUUUGAAGCAUGUUGCAAUGCAUCCCACCCUCUACUAUCUGACCCAGCUACGGGUUCUUUAUGUUACCUCGGGGAGUGCUGUCGACUGUUAUUGGAUAUAGUAACUCAGGAUCCUGCUUUCGCUCAAUGUCGAUUCUGGUGGCAUUGAAAGGAAGACAUUUGUCAUGUAGUCACCUUCCUGUGGCUCCUUCGGAGGAGAAUCCCGUGGACCGACGUUGCCCAUCGCGGAGACAGAAAGCAGAAGAUGCCGGAUUCCAUUAGAGGACAAGAGAUGCUUCGAGAUAAGACGUCCUGAUCCAUUGAAAAUUACCGACGAAGUCUUACAAGACCGCACGACCUCGAGUACAAUGAGGAUUACGGCCCCGGGCUGAGGAGCCAUGACACCUCGGUCUUGGCAUUGAGUGCACCUCAAAGCGCCGCGUCCUCUCCGGAGAUGAUCCCCGUGCACCGAUCAGCGCCGACCACCCAGGCUGUGGCAGCUGUUAUUUCUCGACAUUUUUUUUGUAUAGCCUCACUAUUGUUCGCAGGGUACACAAACCCUUCCUGUGUACUCAGCCGCCCACUACUAUAA